UGUUGUUAGAAAAGGCUCAAAUCCAGCGGCUAGAAUCCGACGUUGGGUAUAUGUAAUGUAAGACGUCAGUAUGUAUUCUAACAGGCUUUAAAGAAACUUCCUCCCCUGAAUAAACUCAAAACAGAGCGAGCGAAAUAAAAAAGAAGGGUCGAAUAAGAGGGAGAGAGGGAGGGAGGCGAAUGGUGUGGGAAGAGGAUGGGGAAGAAGAAAACCCCUUUCUCCUUCCGGAAGAAAUUCCUUACGUCGAGGAAGACGGAGAUGCAACCAAUCGACCCUUCAUCUUCAGCCAACGCCGGCAGAUCCAACCCCGGCACCGGCACCGGCACCGGCACCGGCACAGUUCUUGCCAGCGCUCCGUCGAAGAGCAGUAAGAAGAAGACGGGAUCUCGCUUGUGGAUGAGUUUCGACAUCGCGGGACAAUCGGAGCUCAUUGAAUGUGACAAGAACACCAUCAUGAAGCGUGUCUCCAUCCCUGCCCGAGACCUCAGGAUCCUCGGCCCCGUCUUCUCCCAUUCCUCCAACAUUCUCGCCAGAGAGAGAGCCAUGGUUGUGAAUUUAGAAUUUAUAAAGGCGAUAGUUACCGCGGAGGAAGUGCUGCUGCUGGAUCCUUUGAGCCAGGAAGUUCUUCCUUUUGUGGAUCAACUAAGGCAACAGCUGCCUCUUAAGAGCCCAUUUAGAAUUCAUGAGUCUGGCCCCACAGACAUGCAAGAAAAAGAGAGGCGCUCAACUGAUGGGCAAUGGUUGCCUGUUCCUGAUGCAGCUGAAGGUUUGCAGAGUGAACUACCGUUUGAGUUUCAGGUCCUGGAGAUUGCAUUGGAGGUUGUAUGUUCGUAUUUGGACUCAAGUGUGGUGGAUCUAGAAAUAAAUGCGUACCCCAUCCUAGACGAGCUAGCCAGGUAUGUUAGCACUAAGAAUCUGGAGCGUGUCCGGAGCCUGAAGAGCCAUCUUACCCGUCUGCUUGCACGUGUACAGAAGGUCAGAGAUGAGAUUGAGCAUCUUUUAGAUGAUAAUGAAGACAUGGCACAUCUGUACCUGACAAGGAAGCAGAUUCAAAUUCAACAGUUUGAAGCUUUGGCGGCUGCUGGGGCUUCAAACAGUUCCAUCACUUUUGCUUCAAACCUACCACGGGCUAUUUCAAACAUUCAAAGCAACGCAAGUAUGAUCACAAGCAUCCAUUCUGAUGAUCAUGAUGUGGAGGAUUUGGAGAUGUUGCUUGAGGCUUAUUUCAUGCAGCUGGAUGGGACCCGUAACAAGAUACUGUCGGUACGUGAAUAUAUUGAUGACACGGAAGACUAUGUCAACAUCCAACUUGACAACCAGAGAAAUGAACUAAUUCAGCUCCAACUGACAUUAACUAUAGCGUCCUUUGCAAUAGCUCUCGAGACACUGGUUGCUGGGGCGUUUGGUAUGAACAUACCUUGCUCAUUGUACAGUGUAAAUGGCGCCUUUGUCCCCAUAAUUGGUGGCACAACAUCCAUAUGCUUUGUGCUCUUCCUGAUCAUUCUGGGCUAUGCCAGAUGGAAGAAGCUGCUAGGUUCAUAAUCAAUCUUGUUCUUGGCAACAACGGAAGGUUGUUGUAUCAAUCAAGACUUUGUUCAUUGGUGGAGUUGGCACAUUGGAAGAAUUGUUUCAUAGCAAUGUCUUGUGCUUAAGCAGUGUAUAUGUUGUAAGCUUUUUCACAGCUAUAGCAAUCCAAUAUUCGCAGAAAAAUCAUGCAGGGGAAUACAUCAGCUGGAGCUGAAGAGAAUUCUGUAGCAUUUAGUUCUGAACUAAUAUAGAGAUCUUUUGUUGA